GGGAUUUCUGUACUUUGUAAGGCAACUGGGACCUGCAGCUGGCAUUCCAAAAAAACUGAUGCAGUUUGCCUCGAAGCUGCCUUGAUCGAAAAGAUACAGUCUGUACCUUCAUCAGCUAAGACUAUGCUUGCAGAUCUGGUUUCGAGCGUGGUUGGCCGAUCCUCAAAUCGCCCGAGGACUCUGAGUGGGCGCGCGGCAUCUGGCUUUGCGCGAAGGCAAUAUGCAUCUGAAAUUUAAUUGUGUGUUUUAAGUGUUUGAUUUUUAAUUUCUUCCGGCUAAAUAAUGGCGGACGACUCGUUUGUUGAACCAAAAGCAUCGGAAGAACCUUACACGAGGAUAAAGACCCUGGGAAGAGGAGCUUUUGGCGAAGCAGUUUUGUAUCGCAAAACGGAGGUAAGAAUAGAUUUGUUCAGUCUUCAGUUUAUAUCGCUGCAAGCAAAUAUCGCAAGCAAAAGGCAGCACGUAUUUCUUUCGCAGGGCUUUGGCUGCGGUUAUUAAAAAUAAUACUCUCGCAAAUUUUGCAUUUUUCGAGAAUAAUGUCAGCGCUUUUUUUGCGGUACACUUUUCUUAUCGCAAAAAAUUUCCCUUUCCAGCAGGGUUUAUACUGAAUGCGGGGGUUGCGAUAAUCGUUUCUCCCUUCCCGAGUAAUCGUGUUGUUAAUAAUUCAUUAUCCUCCAGUUGUUAGCAAGUUGAUGUCUCUUGACCUUUUAUUUCCUGUGGCAAUUAUUUUAAGUCGAAAGUUGUCUUGAAAAGCUGAAAUUAAACUGGUCUAAGCUUAAUUAAACUGGCUUAUCGAAGUGCGUCUUGAAUGAACAUUUUUCGCAUUUUUGGACUGUACUCUUUUGUAAUAAUUAUACAGCUUUCAGGUUUCUCAAAAGCUCGGAAAAAGGAUAUUUUUACCAUAGUUUUUUAUUUACGUUUGUGAAAAGUGAUACUAUGGGCAGUGUGCUACAUCAAAUUAUUAUUAAGCUUAUUAUUAUUAUUCUAAGUGUCAAAGAUCAAACAACAGCUGAUUUCUUGAAUUAUUAUUUUGAAAGAAUAGCUAAAUAUUUCGUAGUUUCAGAUAUUUAGUAAGGAGAAAACUCACACAAAAAAAGAAACAUGUGAAGGGAAUUUUGUAGUACGUAAAAUACUACACUAAGAAGGUUUGACAUCAUAUUUAUUACAUAGCUUUGGGGUAAUCAAGCAUGGAUUGUUUACCUUUAGUUUUAAGAGUUUAAUCAGCACUUGAAAGUUUAAAAAUGUCAGGCAUUCAUGUAUGGAUGGAGAGGAUCAAAAUAAUAUCUAUCUACUGUGGAUAAUCCUUUUGCAUGAAGGUGGUCAUUCCAGUAUUUUAAAAUUUGAUAUGUCUAGACAUUAGAGACCUUUAAAUUCAAGGACGACGAGGACCAUGAGUACAAGAUUUGACUUGAAGUUUUUUCUUGUCUUCUCAAAAUAUAGACCUCCCAGAAAGCUUCAUUUUACCAUUUUUCAGUAGAAAACUUAGCAUUGUUAACUUAAGUGAAGAAGGUUAUGCGCUCUCCCGAUCGCAAAAAUGAUAAAACUUCUAACAUUAAUUGAUACAUGUAUCUUGUUUCGCCACCACGACAUUCGCACGAAAACUCAUAGAAGAGUGACAAUGGCUACCACAUUUUCGCGCCAAAAUGACGCCGGCUUAUGCGCGUGCACUACUUAGUUUUGAGAAAAUCUCCUUCUCAUAGUCAUACUCGUCUUAAAUUCUAAAGCUGUCUAUUAAAUAUACAGAUGGUUCAACCAUCCCCAUCUUGUCACAGUUAAGGUUGGACAGUCUGCUUAUAAAUUAUAUCCGAUAAGAGAUGUAUUCUGGUAAAGUAGUACUUUACAUAGCAAUCUGAAUAUAACAGGGGGCAGAUCCUGGAUUUUUUUUAGGAGGGGGUGCACUCGUCUCUUGCUCUCCUUCAACACCAAUAAACCACAUAGUUUUUUUUUUUUUUGCAGAAUACCAGUUGUAUUAGAAAACCGCAGGUCAUCUCAGGGGUUAGGGUUUAGGGGUUAGGGUGCGCACCCCCUGCCCCCUGCACCCUCCCCCUAGAUCCGCCACAGUAUAAGCAGUUUUAGUAUUUAUUUUUCUCAGUGAAUUAAGUUUAUAUGACUUGCUUGUUGAAGGUACUGUCAGUGACAUAGAGGCCUUCUUUGGGGGGGGGGGAGGUUACAUAUGUUCCUAGUCUGAAUUUCAAAAGCGGUUGUUUAAUGUAUUGAAGAGGAGGCUAUGUCACUGUCGGUAUUUUGCUACCAACUGUGUUUGCGAUUUUCCUCGUCACAGUUGCAGUUUUCAACCCAUCUUCAUGUCAUUUGUUGCAAUUUCAUCUGUCUUAUGUCCCUGUUUUAAGGCUAUGUCAGUUGAUGUAAUUUAAUCUUAACAGGGCCAUAGAGUGUAUUUCUCUUUUAGAGAUGGAGAACUGGUGGGUAAAUUUAAAAAUCCUGGAUCUUGGAAAAUCUGAUCUCUAAAGUCUUGGAAGCAUUUGUUGUGAUUUCGUAGUUUUUUUGUUUUGUUUUGUUCUUUUUUGUUCAGUCUUUUUAGAAGUAUUUAGCUAGAAACUACCUGACAGAUGUGUUGUUUAAUACAAUUAUUUUUUGACAAAAAAUAAUAAUACCCCUGCAACUGUAAAUUGCCAGUAUUCACAUAACCUUUGAUCUUUAGUAAUUUAAUCUAUAUUUCUUGUCAGGAAAAAUUUGAUGAUGAUCAACAGUGGACCUUUAAGAUAUGACUAAUUUUUAGUAAAGAAAUAUUAUUCUUGAAUGAAGGCAAGAAUUGACCUGCCAUUUUCUGAUUGUAUUGUUGGAUUGUUAUUUGUCAUACCAGGACAAUGUCCUUGUGGUGGUCAAAGAGGUCAAUUUGAGCCGCGCCAGUGACAAGGAAAGAGCUGAUGCUGAAAAAGAGGUGGAUAUCCUGUCGCUGUUGAAUCACACCAAUAUUGUAACAUACUAUAAUCAUUAUAUCGAUGGUACCUCACUGCUCAUUGAAAUGGAAUACUGCAAUGGUGAGUGUUAAGCAGUUCUUUACUUUCAAUCCACUUUUCUAAAGUAAAAGGAAAAAAUUUUUAUUUACUGUUACACUACCUCUUUCUUUAAAAGAAAUAAUGAUUAAAAGAUGCCUUAUGCAUUUUAUUGUUAUUUAAAUAUUCAGGCCUGAAAUGAUUUAAAAUUUGGUGGAUUAUUUAUGUCUUCUUUUAUUCUCAGGUGGCACACUGAAUGAUAAAAUAUAUGCACAGAAAGAGCUUUUUGCAGAAGAGGUAGGCUGGGAGAAUACGACGACAGUGUACAUUGCACCUUUCACCUAUCCUUUAGUCAUGGUGACCAUUAAGGCACCAUGGACCUAGCAACCCUUUCCCUCCAUUUGAUUUUGUUUUCAGAUUCUUUAAGGGCAACGCAAAACUUCAACCCUUAUAUCCACUCAGAAAUGUUACCCUCCCAACGCUUCUUUUGUUGGCCCCUUCUUCUCCUUCCUUGCACUGUUCCUUGUAAAAUUGUCUUGGCAAGCCCUGCUGAUCUUGAUGCCCAAACCACUUUAACACUACAGUGUACACUCUUAGGGUUUACAAUAAGAGCUGGUGGCUGACGAAAUUCAUUGGUGGUAUAACUUUGAACUACGUAAAAAUCUGUGGUAGCCACCAACUUCAAUUAAGGGAUUUACAGUGUUAGUUAUUUACUUUGUUGUGUUGCUGAAAUACACUUUGGCUAAAAAAUAAUUAAUUAUUAUAUUAAUUUUAUUGAUUUGCUUUAUGACAGAUAGUAAUCUGGUAUUUCUUCCAAAUAUGUUCUGGAAUGAGUCACAUUCAUGAAUGUGGUAUUGUUCACAGGUAAAAGAGUGAAUAUGGGGUUAUGAGAAUUGUUUUUUUCGAAAGGCUAUGACUUAGUGUUAGUUCUAUGCUGCGGAGCUCUAAAGUCAAGCCAGCCUAAAAAGAAUAACAACCCUAAUGAGCAUGCGAUAAAACGAGUUGUAGUCUGUCUAAUUCCUUUGAAAUUACAUCCAAAACGCUUUUGGAAGAAAGGAAAUCUGGUUAAGAUCAAAACGAACAAUCUUAAAUGAUAGAUUUCAAGUUAUUUAUGUCCUAAAAAUGAUCUACCAGUUCGAUAAGAAGCAACGUUCGAAGUCAGGUCGAAAACGAAAUGAUAUUUACCCUCGGAAAGUGAUUUUAUUGUCCAACCCCCUCCCCUCUGGAAUUUCCUGGACCUCUGACCCCCCCAUCCCUCUGGAAUUUCCAAUUCCCUCCGUGGUGGAGGUCUGGAUAUUUUCUGGAACCACACAAUGAAAUAAAAUACUUGCCAGAGUGUAAAAUUUUUGUAGCAAUAAUUUAUUUACUUGUACGUUCUUAACUCUUUAAUGCUCUUCUAGUCUUCACAUGCAAUUCUCCGGACUGAUUUCGAAUUAGUUGAGAGAAUUGGUUUCAUAAAAGUUCAAAGCAUUUUCCCUUGGAUAUUAUCACAUUUUUGAUGUAGAAAUUUAUUUUUGCCUCUAGAGACAUCAAGACCCUUAACAUUUUCUUGACUAAAUCUGGGUUGGUGAAACUUGGUGAUUUUGGUAUCGCAACUGUGUUAAAAGGAUCAAGAGAAUUUAUGGCUGAAUCUGUAAGAUUUCAAUCUUUGUUGUUGUUCAUUAGACAGAAGUGGUUCCUGUUUUAACUUUAGUAAACUUUUCUUUUGUGUGACCUUGAUAUCUGGAAAACUUUAUUAGGCUUUGCACAAAACUUCAGUGCCUAAACUGACGGGGGGGUACUGGGAUGGGGGAGUUAUGGUGACAGAUGCAAAGUAGUUUCGGGUUUGCAAUUCAUGAUUCCGAUAUUUUUAGGCAAGGCAAAUGUGGCUUGUAGUUUUGGGUGGUAUAUGAUUUAACCAGGGAGUAAUACUUUCCAGGGGUAAAAUGUAAAGAUUUGUGUACAUAUAUUAAUAUUAUAUGCAAUGUUGUCCUUUAAUUUUUGUCUUGGUUUAUAUUGUCAACCCAGUUAAUUUGUAUUUUCAAACCAGUAAUUAUUAUUGAUUUUCAAACCAUUUUCAAUGUGUAAAGUCCAGCUGUAAUUUUUUUCAUUGGAGAGUGAAUUGCAUUUAGCCUAGAGAUCUUAGCAGUUGUUGACAGGAUUUAACUAAUUACCAUAUAGACUUAGUGAUUAGGGUUUAAGCACCUAUUUUAGUGAUUGGGAUUGAGCACUGAUCUUAUUUCUAAAAAAAAACAUUGGGCAGAAAUGUGUUAACAACAAGUAACUCUUUUGUUGUGAUUCUAAAUAGGUUGUUGGUACCCCAUACUACAUGUCACCUGAAAUAGUCCAAGGACACAAGUAAGUACCUGAGCAGUUUAAGUGGUGUGUUGAUCAUUGGUUACAAUAAGAUUUAAAUUUGACAAUCAAUUUUGCUCAAAUAGAUUAAAAGUUCAUUUUUCUAGAAAAAACAAUUUAAACAAGUGCAAGUGUCCUUGUUAUGGACUUUUUGUGGCAGCUUUAUUUGAGUUAGGGCUCGAAAAAAAACUUGAAUUCCAGCUGGUCAUUUGGGCAAGCUGCUCUGACAUUUUUCUUGCCCGUGUCCACUUCUCGCUUGUCCUAUAAUAAAUUAGUUAAUUAAUGAUUUUGUUAGAGGAUGCCUAAAACCUUUAGAAGUUACUUGCCCAGCAAGAAAAUUAACUCAUUCUGGACUACUGGAUGGGGCUUUUUGUGAGCCCUGAAAGUCUGAAUGUGCUAGAUGUAUGCCUGAAUUUCACAUGAGGUUCAACAAACCUCCCUGGCUUAUUAUUGUAACAGGAAGCUACAGGACAGUGUAGAAAAUUAAACUUUAAUGAACUUUAAUAUCAAGCUGACAAACAGUCCCAAAUGAAUUGUUUAUAUGUUUACUAUCAUCGUGGUUUUUGCCAGGAAAUUAUGAUGGGCAGCUGUCAAUAUGGCAGUGGUUAACAGAUAGUACAUCUAUUUGCAGAUACAACCAAAAGAGUGACAUGUGGGCAUUGGGAUGUGUUUUGUACGAGAUGCUCACCCUGAGAAAAGUGUUUGAUGCAACAGUAAGUUGAAAAUGUUUUCUUCACUACCCUUCAAAGAAAAACUUAGACCAAGACUUGACUUCUCUUUAAUAAAUACCAUUUCAAUUCAUACAUUUGUUGUUUCUUUAUUUCAUUUCUAUGCUCUUUUGAAAGUUCAGCAAUAAUCCAAAUUUUUUUCUCCAUGUUCCUUACUGAACCAUAGGAUCUAUUCAAUCAUACAGUUUACACAAAUGCCUUAUUUAUAAAGUACACUAAUUCAUUCUUUCCUAAUUUGUAGAAUCCUCUGAGACUUGUGUCAGACAUUGUCAAGGGGCAGUAUGAAGAGAUUGACUCACAAUAUACAAGUGACAUGCAUAGUUUGGUAACAAUUCUGUUAUCACAGGUAUUGUUUUAAAGUAUAUUUAAAUAAUUCAAAAAACUGAUAUAAGUACACUUAUGUCCAGGUUUGCUUGCAGCUUGUAAACCUGGACAUAUCUCUACCACUAAUGGAACAGGUACCUAGAAAUACUGUAUAAGCCUCAAAAGACUCUUAAUAGACCUUUGUCAUGCGGCAGCCAUUUUGUCUCAGGAGAUUUAAAAAGUUUGGUUUAUGCACAGAUAGCCUAGUAGAGAGAACGAGGUUAGCCAUGCAUAAACAAAGCUUUUCAUAUCUCCGGAGACAGAAUGGCCACAGCAUGGCAAAGGUCUGUAAGUUGCUACCACCUCGGACAAAACUGUUAAGUCAGUUAUAUUCCAACUGUUUUCUAACUUUUGUGCCAUACUUCCAUCUCCUCUAGACAGAAAAAGUAAGAAACCCUUCCCACACCCCUAUUCAAUGUUUUUUUGGUCUAAAAAUCAUUAUGUGUGAUUCUCGUGUUAUCCUGAACAACAUGGUACAAUUAACGGGAGGGGGGAAAUCAGACAUUCAUUUUGCGACGGUUUCCAUUUUUGGCAGGAUGACAGGAAAACAUAGAUAUUUUUGUGAGACAUGUGUUUCAACAUGUUUUGUCCAAGGUUGUACUGUAUCUUGUCUUCCUAAUUUGUGACAUUAAUUUUUUUUUGGUUGUGAAGACAAAAGAAGAAUUUGGCUCAUGAUUAAGAGUCACUUGUGGUGACCUUUUCUGUGUUUCAGAAAGAGGGUAAACAUUUGGGUUCAUGUACAUAAAGAUAAUAUUUUUUUUUUAAGGAACUCUGCAAGAAUUUAUAUCCAGAAUCAAGGCUCUGGAAGACACAUUUUAGAACAAUUUUUUUAAGUAAAACAAAAAUCCCAAAGUAAAGGGGGUACACCAUUCCCACCCCUUUCCCAACUCCACCCAUGCCAAUUGCACGUCAAUUAUUUACAUGUAGGUGCCAUAGACACCAAAUCCAACCACUGACCUUCUAAAGAAAAAGAAAAGCUCACAAUAAGUGGAAAAUUUUCUUUUUUUUUUUACAAUAUUACCAACCACAGGUAAAUCCAGAACUCUAACAGGCAACUUUUAGCAAGUAGCAUUUUGUUUUGUACUCUCCCAUUUGUGGAAUAUUGUGUUUAACUUAUUGACUUGAGAUAUUUAUAACAAUCUUAGAAUCCAGAUGACAGACCAACAGUUGCAGAAGUUCUAGCUAUGCCUUUACUAAGCAGUUUGGGAAGGUAAUACUGUUUUUCUACACGAAAACAAUAGCAGACACAAUCAUUGCAUGUACUAAAAAUAUAUUUAGAAACUGCAAGGGCAAUAAAACAUCACAUUAAAUUCAUUCAGUUUUGCUUACUGUUGUAUGACAGCAGUGUAAACCUAUCCCCAUCUCUAAAUAACGUUAAGAGGUUGGCCAACUAAUAGCCACAAGAAGUAGAGUAGUCAAAGCUGUCACAAACACACGGGACCCACCACUCCACAAAAUGACUGGAUGUGGUGGUAUCUUUGUGUUCUCACUUUUCUCAACAUCUCAAAGUUGGGUUUCAAAUUUUUCGUUUUAUGCCAUCUUCUCCUUAUUUGAAUAACUAGGUAGGGGGAUGAAGAAUUGUUAGUUCAGUAACCAGUACCUUUUGUCAAUUGUUAUAACUUUUUUUUCUCUUGAAGGGAAAUGCAAAAGAAAGUUUGGGAGUUGAAUGCUUCAGCCAGAAGAGCCAGGUAAGUGAAAUGUUCCAAAGGUUAUUAAGAAGUUAGCUCUAACAAGUUGAAGGAUGGCUUAACCUGAGAAUGGAUUGUACGGGAUGUACAACAAAUAAAUCGAACGCAAAAAAAAGGACUUUCUAAGUGUAGUUACGGACUUCUGCUCCAUCAAUUUUUUUAAAAGUUCUUUGGUAUACAGGCUUGUUAUAUAAAUAAUACCUGAUACCAGAAAUUUUAUCUGAAAAUAACGCCAAUUUUUUUCGGUAGAUGGCCAAUUUUCUUUGGAAAGUAUAGUCCACUAAAGCACCAAUUUCAUCAAAAAUAUUUAUCACCUAUAAAGUUUACUUAUUUUUGUAUUAUUGCCAAAUGGUAGGUGUAGUUUUCCUUAAAGGUUUGAACCCAACUUUUUAAGACCAAAAAAGUCAUGUCGCCCCAUAGAAGGAAAUCCAAGACAGUCUUGGAUUCUGUAUCCCAAUCGUUAGUGGGAUUCUGGAUUCUUUGAGCUUUAUUCCAGAUUCCAAAGCGCCGGAUUCCGGAUUCCACAAACAAAGAUUGAAAAGCUGAAAAUCGGUUGUUUUUACAAAUCAAGUCGGGAAGAAUUCUCGUUAUUUUGUGGGCGUUUCUAAUAAAACAAUUAUUCCACUCGCGCUUGUUGGAUAUGAGAUGAUUAUAGCCACCUCAGCGCUAUGCACCUCAUUGGCUAUCUACCAUCUCAUAACCAAUGCGCACUCGUGGAAUAAUUGUUAAUUAUCUUUUCCUUACCUUCCCUACCUUCAUUUGCCUGCUUUGGUUUAUUAAGGCACGCCAGUGGAUCAACAGAAGUUGUCCCUGUUAUCACAUCUAAAAGCAGUGAGGUAAGUAUCUGCAUUAAUGCACUGAAUUUGAUGGGUCCUUGUAUCAUCACGGGCAUCAUCUUUUAAAACAGUAUCAUUGAUCGAAUUUAUACUAGAGAGAAAUUCUCCGUCUAUACGAAUAAUCAAUCAGACAAUUCGUCUACAUGUAGGUAUAAAUUCGUGAAAACGAAUUGACAAGGAUUUUUGGCAUCUUUGUGUCAGUCUAGUUAUAAGUUUAGAGAACUGUCUCAGACAAAUUCUCCGUCUGUUAGUACGUCUAAAGACGUGAUGACAGAUAUAUAUAAACAACCGAAGAUGAAUUUUGGCCCAAAAUUCAUCUGAUAACCGGAAUUAUAUCUAGACGAAUAAUUCCUCUACAUAAAUUUGGCCAUUACAUUGGGCCACACUUUUUAAAUCCUGUCCAUCAUUUCAUUUUUUUUUUAAAGUUUUUGUUUUUUAUCAAAAAUGGUAAAAACGUACUUCCCAAAGUGAUUUAUAAUACAAAAGCCAACGACAAAGUUGCUAGUUAUGUGAUGAAACUCUGUGUUUAUUUUUGAUGUAUUGCUCCUAUGGGUUAAGCACUCAUUUUACGAAUUAGGGUUAAGCACUGUUUUGGGUUAAACACUUACUUACAACGCUUACUUACAACACUUACUUAAUGGCUUGCUGGCUCGCACUGUUUACCAACUAAUUCAAAGUGAUAGGAAUAUACUAUCUGAAUGUUUUACGAGGUCAAGUCGUAAAAAGCUAACAAAAUCUACCAUUAACAAGGUCGUUGGCUUCAUAACCAUGCAUGGCACUUAAUUAACCAUGGUGGCACUAACACUGAACUUUCAUUUUGGUUUGCAUUAGGUUUUUUACUGGGGAGGUGGAAAACAAACUCCUCAUAAAGUAGACAUGUUUCAAGGUGGACAUUCAGCGCUUCAGGUGAUUACCAGAUCCUUGUAUUAACUGAUUAAUUUAGAUUGAUAUGCAGAAAUGAUUUCUGCAUAUACAAACAAUUUUCUCGAUUGUGUAUUUUUUGUUAUUUUCUUGGUGUUUGACCAGGAUUUUAGAACAAAAGAGCGUCUGUAGGAAGGAGGAGGCCUGCACUACAAGCGUGGCGUUUUUGCCUUGCCUUUUUUUUCCUUUGAAUACUUGAGACUGUGGCUCAAGACUUCGAAAAGAACUGUAAUAGUCAGAAAUUCGAAGAAAGUGCAAACAAAAUUUAGGGGUUGUUUAACCUUAUUACUAGUAAAAAUGCCUUAUAGAACAAUUCAAACAAAGUGCAUAUAUCAUUUUGAAAAAAAAACUAAAAAACGUAGCGAAAUCUUUCUCCUGUUGUGCUGUAGAAGCUCAUUUAAAUGGUGAUAACCCUGGAUUAGGUUUAUAGUCUCGGCAGUAUGAAAUAAAACCUUUUGGAGUAGGGGAUUUAAGUCUACCAGAUUAAAUAUUAGAAUUACUUAUAGUAAACUUUCAUUUAAUUUCAGCUGGCUGUUGGUCAGUCACACUUCGCUGUUGUAACUGUUGAAAAUGAACUUUUCACAUGGGCUGUAAGUACACUGACCAUGCUACUUUCUCACCUUUUCAUGUGUAACUCUGUCCACCUUUAUCAUUUUCUCGUUCUUCCCUUUUCGCCUUUCUCUAACCAUUAUCCAUCGUUUCUUUAGUCUGUUAAUUUCCAUCCCGUCUGAAACUCUUGAAAUGAUCCUUCUCCAUCUUUUUACUUUCUGUCGCCAUCUUUUUCUGGGUUCUAUCUCAUCUGCAUCCCACCAGACAUCAUCACUCCAUCAUUUUCUCCACCACUGUCUUCAUCGUUAUUUACUCACUAUUCUAACUAAUCUCCAUCUUAAUCUUUCGUCCGUCUCUGUAUCCAUACCGCCCGUCUCAUCGACCUUCUUUUUGUCAGAUUCUCUUUCCUUUCUUCAAACUUCGUGUCCUCCAUUUUGGGCCUUUACUGCCGCAAUAGACCUGUUUACCGAUACGGCGGCCAUAUUGAAUUAAUUCGAUUUAAGGGGUAUUAUAGGAUGCCCAGGGGGCAUGAGCACAUUUCGUUUGUAUUUUCGAGCGCUUUUCGGGACAUUUUUCUUAAAGUUUUCUUAGAAAAAGAUUGUAAUGGAAAAAAAGAUCCUUGUGCCGUGUUUUGAUGUAAUAAUGAUAGCCAUUUUCCCGAGAAAUAUACAGUGAAAGACCGUAUUUCUAAUACUAAGCUAAAAAAAAGGCGAUGAUUAUUAAAUCCAAACACGGCACAAUUAUCUUUUCUCCCAUUAGAAUCUUAUUCUAAGAAAAUUUUAAGAAAAAAUGUCCCCAAAGGCGCUCGCACAAACAAACAAAAUGUGCUCAUGCCCGCUGAGCAUCCUAUAAUACUCCUUAAAUCAAAUUAAUUCAAUAUGGCCGCCGUAUCGGUAAAAAGGUCUAUUCCUCUAUUACCCUGUUCCAUAUACGUUUUAAAUCUGUCUGUACCCCUUUUAUUCUUCUAUCCAUUUCUCGCGGAAACCAGUGGAGGUGUCAUGAAAUCUCUGGCUGUUUUCUAAGGCUAGUUUUUGACGUGUGUUAAUUUUUUCAGAAUGUACAUGGCGGCAAACAGUUGGUAGGUCAGCUGGGACAUGGUGAUACGGCCGCUUAUCGCAUCCCCAAACCAAUCGAUUCAUUACAUGGAAUUGCCAUCAAACAAGUUGCGUGUGGAGAUGAGUUCACGGCGUGUGUCACAGGUAGGAAUUCAAAAUGGAAUGGUUUGGCAAUUAUUAGCUUUCGAAAGUGGAGUUUGUGUUCCUGAACAUUGCAAACAAUUGUUUGCAACAGAGCAAGAUAGAUUGAGGUUAAGUUCACCUUUAGUUGUAUGAAAAGCUGGAACGAUUUGACCUCACUUAGAAUAGUCUUCGAAACCUCUUAGAGAGAUGUUGCUUCUGCCUAUUCUGCUUAUUGUUUAUUAAACGUAUUAUUAUAUUUUUUUAGAGGACGGUGUGUUAUACGCGUUUGGCUCAGAUUACUGGGGCUGUAUCGGCUGCAACAAUGAACUGGACGAGGAAGUUGUUACCCCAUACAGAGUAAGAUUCUUUGAUGAGAAUCCUGUUGAGCAGGUUGCCUGUGGAGAGUGCCAUGUUGUGGCGCUAACAGGUAGGUUGCCUGUGUCUAGUGGAUCUUGGACGAAGACCACGUUAAUGCUUAGCGAACUCACUUUCCUAUAGAGGGCAAAAAACUUUUCUGAGGCAAACAGUUACUAUACGCACCAUGAUGUAUUUUUUCAAUUAAAACUGUUUUGGCAAAUUGAACCAGUGUGAUAAACCAUCAUCUUCUCUGAGAGACCCAUCAUUUGUGUAUUUGCGUCUUGUAGAUGUAUUUCUGAAAUUUUGUCUUAACGUCUACCAAACACAGAGCUGUAUGGAGCGUUUUCACAUGACGUCACGGCGGCCAUAUUGGUGUCCUGAAACAAUAAAACGACGGCCAUGUUGGUGCACCAAACCAAUCCUGUGGGCGUUGAACUCUUUUCUUAUGCAAACACUUUUUUUUGUUCCAAUAAACUUUGCAUAGCUGUUGGGCACGUGAGUGGCCACGUGAUUGAAAUAUACAGCGUUUUCAUUCACGUCGCCAGCAGCUAUGCAAAUUUACUGGAACAAGAGAAACUUUUUAAGUAAGAAAAAGGUUCAAUUCCCAGAGUACUGGUUUGAGACACCGACGUUUGCACCAUUUCGUUGUUUUGGGACAUCAAUAUGGCAGACUUGACUUCAUGUGUUAAGGCUCUUGGUGGGCAUUAGUUUGAUUUACUGUUGAUGCAAUCUUGACUUCCAUUGUUUGUGAAUGUAUGAGUACAAGCUUGUAGCAAAGUUGUCAUGAUUAAAUACCGCGUUGUCAUUCAACAGUUGCUGUGUUUUAUGGCCUCCUAAUUAGGUUUUUGACUCCUUUCUUCUCUUGUUUCAGCUUCAAAAGAAGUUUACUCUUGGGGUUGUGGAGAGUACGGUAAGCACUAAAGAGAUUUUCCUUUGUAAAAAAAUGUUUGGAACUGCCUGCGUUUGCCAAAUAGAGAGACGCCGUCUCAUCCAGGUUAAUUUUCGCGGAUUAUAUUUAUUCAAUUCCGCUUGCCUCCAUAAGUGAUGGACUAAUACAUGCACAGCUUCGUUCCCAGUCUUCCUCCGCUCACUGCGCGAGGCCUGCGGGCUAGGGUGGUGCUAAUGCUGUAGUCAACUUUCUUUUGUGUUUUUUUUUUUUUCAGGUCGUUUAGGUCUGGGAAAUGAAGAUGACUGCGCUGCUCCACAGAAGGUAACUUAGCAUGCAUAGAGCUUGAAUGUUUCGCCAUUUAAUUUUCUUGCAAUCUGUCUUGAAAUUUUCUUGAACUGUGGCGAGACGGGAUGCACGAGGGAGUCGUGAUGAAGGCUUUUGGGGAGCAAAAAGUGCGCAUUGGACAAUUGAGAGGCACUCACCUGCCGCCGUUGUGGCCUGAGUUCCAAUCCUGGAAACGACAUCAUAAUCCGACAGUUUUUUUUUCUUGAGUACGCCGGUUUUCCUCUCUCCUCAAAAACCAACAUUUCUUAAAUCUAACUCGAUCCGAAAUGUUAGACGAAGAACCACUUUGUGCAGCAGCUACCAGUAAAUCGUUGACUGAUUCAACGCUCGCUGCAACGUAACACGUCGCAUCCUUAUUCCUCAUACAAUUCCUCUACAACUGACGAGGAGAAUAUGUUGAACAAUCAACACAGUUACUGGCCAUUUCCUUUAUUCUCAGAACAUGAACGUUUGCUUAGGCAGUGAUAUUUCAUAGAGAAUUUAGAUUCUAGUUACUCUUGAGGAUAAAUGGUUAACCCCUCCAAUCCUAGACUAAGUUAUGGCGAGAUGAUCUGUCACUCUAACUGUGAACAAAUUUCUAUGAUGUUACCGUUCAAAUUUAACCUAUUCAACAGAACUUUCACUUGGUAAUAUUUAUUUCUUAGAAUUUUAUCAAAAGAUGUUUGUCGUUUUGGGGAUUGUUUUCUGUCGGCGUUGUUUGGUUGUAGGUGGAUGUACCAGCACAGUGUCGGCUGGUAUCUGUCUGCUGUGGUUCUGAUUUCACCUUUCUACUCACUUCAACUGGGCGACUUCUCGGUUUUGGAAACAACGACGAGAACCAGCUUGGAAUCGAUACACCACAGUCACUAAGAAAAAGGCAAAUAAAGGUUCGUUAUUUGAGUACAUCCUCAUUUACUUUUUUUAACGGAGAAAGGCUCACAAAUUUCGUCUUGCGAUGGACCGAAAAAUUAGUAACACCAAGCCAAGAACUACCGACUUGGUUUAUUGUCACAGUAUCUCGUGUUAAUCUUUCCCUGAAUCUUUCGUUUAAGACCGGCGGCUUUGACAAAAAUUUUUGAGGUAACAAUUUCGUUUCUUCUGUUUUCUUCUUCUCUGCAAAAUAAAGGCUUAGUUUUAAAGGAGUUGGAAACACUGAUUUUCUUGUCAGGUGCAACUUACUUUGUUUGUGCGAGAUCGAGGUUGCGAUGAGCAACCUAUGUAGAUAUCUGACGAUAUAUUUGAAUGUGUUGUGAUCUCCUAAAAGCAAGAACUUUCACCUGAUGAUAACUAAAACCUUCCCGGUGGCUGUGAAGAAGUCCAAGUGCACGCAAUGCUUUUUAUGGCGGUACAACCAAUUCGUCACUUUAGAAACGCAGAGGGAACUGGAGCCGAAAUGUGUCCCGCAAUUAUUUCUGGAUGGUUACUGGGGACGCGCCGGUCGGCUAUUGGUCAUUUUUUUCCGUGUCCUUAGCAACAACCCCAGAAGUCUUUGCGAACUUUUACACGACUCAGUUUUUUUGUCGUUUCUAAAGUAUCGAAUGUUCAGACGGAAAAGUAUUUCACCUGUUUUUCUGCUUUUUAAUUUUCAGUCUGUCUCUGGUCACUUUCCGUAUCUCACCCUCCCCAAACCUGUAAUGCCUCUUAACAAGUGAGUACUUUUUACACAAAGUUACUUUUAUCUAAUCGAAAAGAAACAUUUUGAUAUCAUUGGCGGGGAGUUUGGUAGACUAAAGAAAGCUGGAGCUGUCACCAACCCAGAACUUCUUCCCAAACGUCUUACGGAUGUUAUGUUACAAUUAUUUAGUUAUUGAUGUAAUAAGUAAUUGAUACCUAAUUUUCUAUAGUGACAUGGUCAACUGUUUUACACAGUCAGUGCUAGUAAAGACUUUUGCGUCUCUGUAAAUUGUUGCACCCUAACAGAAUACAGCUUUUUCGCCACCAACAGAAUUGCUCAUUCUGAUUCUGAUUCUGAUUCUAAUUUUCUUGGGGGUGGAAUGUCGUGAUUUGCACAUUCCAGACUGGAAUAUGAUAUAUUUUCGUUGCCUCGUCGACGUAUCCGAGACGAACUGCGGGAAACUUCACUUCUUCGCUUGCACCACGUGACCCGAAACGCAUUGGCCGUGCGGAAUAAGGAGGCCUAGAGACUAGGCAAGUAUUUUCAAAAAGGUUUAAGACGUUGCGAAAUUGACUGGGUUCGAGUUGAUUCUAACUGUACUAUGGGACUGUUUACUGGACGCCACCACCACCACCACCACUCCCAACCCCUUACUCCCAAAACAGUCUCGUAGUAUUAUUCUACAGAACACCGACCCUGGGCCAAUUAGUAAUGCUUUUAAGAGAAGGUAAGCUAAAUCAUUAACUUGGAGGUUUAAAAAAUCGUUUGCGCGUUUGACUGGUUUGGUGCUGUGUCAAAUUGCCCCUUUUUGAAGCUGGUUGAAGUUUAUGCUUAUUUUUUUUGUUGAUGAUGAUGUUGUUGUCAUUGUUUUUUAAGAUAUAGUAUAACCUCUGUCUCAGCUGGAAGGACACAUUCUGCAGUAAUAGAUGGUAAGAGUGACACGGCUUUGUUCAUUACUGGUGGAUUUCCACUGUCGCGUAAUCUUUAGGUGCUUACGCACGUAAAUUUUACGUGCGUAAAUUUAGAGGCAAUGUAUGAAGUGUCGCGCGUAAAUAUAAAAGUUGAACCUCGCUCAACUUUUAGGUUCACACACGACACUUCAUACAUUGCCUCUAUUUUAUUUAUGGAAGGAAAUUUUACGAGCGUAAGCACCUAAAAGUUACGCGGCAGUUGAAAUCCACCCUUAUCUUAUUGUGAUAUCAGUUCCUCGGCUAGGAGAGUAGACGAAGUUUUUCAGGUUACUGAUUUAUCAAGGUAUCAAUCGUGGAGGCUUUGUCAUGCUAGUCUAAACAGCGCGUACGUUUUGAUAGGAGGCCUUAAAUCAUUUUGUUCUUUCUUGGUAAUUUUCGCACGAAUAGAAUUUAAACUUCCUGAUAACCUUUUGAGAUGUUUUGUUUGGUUUUCACAGCCUACGGUCGGCUUAUAACAGUGGGCUCCAACAAGUUUGGACAGCUAGGACUGGGAGACUUCAAGCCACGGACGGGGCCUUGUGUCGUGGGAGGCGAAAUGGUUGGCAAACGAAUUGUUCAAGCAGCAUGUGGAGAUGACUUUACAGUUGUGGCUACUGCUGGUAAUAACUUAUUACUUACACUGGUUUAAACACUAGGAAGCCAGUUAACUAUACUUUAUUUGGCCACCUUUCGGUCUUUGACUGUUGUUUCUUUCCUCAGAUAACCAGAUCUACUCAUGGGGGAGGGGUGAUAAUGGUCGGCUUGGCGUGUUGACGGACAGCCUAAUGCGGGCCAAGGGUGGAAUCCCGUGCACUGCAGUCCCGCGCCCGAUUUUUGGUGCCCUACACGUGCUCUCGUGCGUGGCGUGCAGACACUGGAAUUCGCUUAUUGUGGCGGAGCGUGUUCUUAGUUCGCGCACUGUCAAGCGCGCGGGCUCAUCAGGGCGCUCUUUGGAAUCUCAAUCGUGUAAGUAGCCUACUUUUCUUCUUUCUUGUAGCGUUUUGUAUUUGUAUUUGUAUUCUAUGUCUAUUCUUGCCAUCCCGUUGCUACAGACGACAGGAACAGUUUCAAUGUUUAAAUAUGGCUCUAAAUAACAAAACUAGACCCUUAUGUUUAAGGAACGUGUUCUUUUCAAGCAGCAGGUGAUCAAAGUGACUCUGUUUUCUCGGAUCCAAUGAGACUGGAUAUCAAUCAAGACAGUGGUCCAGCCGAUGGGAAUUACCUGUACGGAGACUUGACUAAAGACUCUGGAGUUGGCCGCUCACCUCGAACACCGGGGCCUGGGUCCGACCCCAGAAGUCUGAGCGAGAGUAGCAUUCCGCCAGCUUGGCUACAAGAUGUAAGGGGGCGUUCAGUUUUUUUUUUUAAACCCUUAUUUGCCUGAUUCCUUUACAUCAGCUAGACUUAACUUCAAUACAUCGUUUUGAAAACGGGCUAGAGACACUGUCCGACUGGAGAUAGCCUCGUGUCUAGCAGACGAAAAUUUAAAGUCAGUGGGUGCGAAUAAGAGUAAAUUAGGACGUUUACGCAACCACGUCACUAGUCAAAUGUAUUUUGCGAUCUUUCAAAUUUUAUUGCAAUUACUCCAGCCCGUUUUAUUCGUCAACCGGUGAGAGUUGAAUUGUCUGAAACUGGCGCACCUAAGUGAAAAAAGAGACAGGAAAAUUCGUCUUCGUGUGUUCACGUCCUCAAUAAAAAGUGGCAUUUAGGUAUUUCAUGCCGUAGUCAUGCAGGGGCAUUAUCGUUGUCGUUUCCGUUGUAGUCGUUGCUGGGUAAAAUCCCCGAUGACUGCACAAUACGUCAGAUGGGUUUGUACGAUGGUUAGGGUAAAAGGCUGUCAUUGAGAUUGUGUGACUGUUGAUAUAGUCGAGUGAGAGAUAUUGUGAAAUUUAAGUCUGUGUUCGCACUUGGUAAGCCUGCACCACAGACGAAACUAAACUCUGGUUAAGUCCAUCUGCGAAACAGCGACGAAAUCUUUGUUCUGGGCCCCCACCUGUGUACCAGGAUUUGACUACGCGCUAUGAUUGGCCUGUUCAUGUUAAAAAGGCAAAGUAAGAGAAAAAUUUUCUUAUCCAAUUGUCCCUCGGACAAGCACUAUAUUAAAUUUGGUUGUCCAAUUCCCCGAGAGUUCUUAUCCAAAACGUUUUGCCAGGUUCCUAAGCUAAAUGGAGCUCGUAAAGACAAAUGAAAUGGUCGCGGUAUAGCAAAGUUAAAAGGAAUACUUAACCUUAUUUUGUCAAGUAUGAGGUUUGCUUUUAUGACUGUAAGGUAAAUUUUAAUUCUACAGUAACUUGAAGUCAAUUUUUUUCAACUGUUUCUGUAUUUUUUCUAAUUAAAAAUGUGCCUGUCCCACAGACAAGUCAUUUCAAAGGUUUACAUGUCCGAACUAAAUUUCUACCUGUCCCGGACAAUCGGCCUUGUGGAUUUGCCAAUCAGGAUCAAAGGAAAUUCAAAACGCAUUUCAGGUAAUUCGUUGAAUCCAUUGGAGGCUCAGAACAAGGAGCUCGGGGUUGCUUCGCAGACGUUACUAACGGAGGCUGAAUUACGUCUGCGACGUAGGCUACCCUUGGUGCCCAAUUACGAUUUUUCAUUUGGCAUUAAUGAAUACCUGCUUGCAGAUAUCUGGAUAAACCUCUUUUCGUCUUGUAGGAGCUUGAUCAGGCGGAGUAUAUUUCCAUGGAAUCGGGCAGCAACUCUGGUAGAACCUCGUCCCAGGCUACCGCAUCCAGUCGUGACCGCAAUCUCUCCAAUUCUGAAAGCACGGUACCGGAUUGGCUGAAAAAUGUAAGUGUUCGAUUUGCCAGUCUACAAAUGCAGAUAAUAGCGGGCGACAACAGGAGCCCGCAAUCCUAAUCUCCAGGUUGCUAUUACGCAUGCGUCGCAUGUAUGUAGCCAGCAUUCGUUUCGACUUCCACUAAGAAAGAGUGGAAUGGCACAGAACGCAAUUUGAUCACGCGAGUUUCAAACUUCUAUUCGUCGUUAUCAGAUCACGCGUGUUUUGACCAUCUGACACGUGAAACCUACGCAAAGUACAGCAUUGGAGCAAGAGCGUUUUGACGUUCGAUCGUUGUCGCCCGCAUUCCAUAACCUUUGGUUAUUACUAGUUUGUUUAAAAUCGUUAAUCAAAGACACCAACAGAAAAAAAUCCAUUUAACAUUAUUGUUCACAGGCUUGAAUCCGUAUUCAUUUAGACGCCCAUCCUCUGUCACACACACUUAGACCCUGUUUACAUGGAGUGGGGGACCCCGGUCUAGUGUGGUAAGUUUCUUUUGUUUUCACGCUCUGGGGGACACAAAACAAAAGAAACUUACCCCACUAGACCGGGGUCCCCCACUCCAUGUAAACAGGCCCUAAGUAUGUUGGCGUGGCAAUUGUUAACAACAAAUAGGCUUAAUUGACCAAUCUAAUCAGGUCAUCAGCCAGAGUUUGAUAUCAUCAACUGACGAGAAACAACUCACUUUGAAAAUGACUACCGCUCAGGUUGUCGAAACGUAAGUCACUGUCAUCAACAGUCGUAUAGACCUUUUUACCGGUACGGCGGCCAUAUUGAAUUUAUUAGAUUUAAGGAGUAUUAUGGGAUGUCCAGGGGGCACUCGCUCAGUAUUUACGCGCGCUUUUCGGGCAAAAAGAGAACUUCAAUGUAUAAUUCUCGGGAAAAAGGCGAUCAUUAUUACUUCUAAACACGGCACAACGAUCUUUUUUUUUUCCCGUUACAAUAUUUUUGUAGGAAAACUGGAAGAAAAAUUGGCUCGAAAAGCACGCGAAAAUACUGAUGCGAGUAUAUCGGAUCGUGCUCAUGCUCCCUGGGCAAUUAAUUCAAUAUGGCCGCCGUAUCGAUAAAAAGGUCUAUUGAGGACUACACUUUGCCUAGUCCCUGUACGGCGUCUUUCCAGGCCCUCUCAGUCAAUGCAUUUCGGUGACGUAUCCGAGACGAACGGCCGGGACCACGUGACCGGAAACGCAUCGGCCGGGCAUAAUAAUGAGGCCUAGGGACUGGGCAAGACUACACUCACACGGACGAUCAUUUCCUCUAAUUAUGACAUGACCUCUGGGUUCAAACCGCUUAUUACUGAAGUAGACUUUAGAGUCAGGUAUCUUUCGGUGCAAUUCAAAGAUGUCAUUUUGUUUUACUGAACGAUGAAAACUUCCAUCAUUGUUCCUGUAAGUUCAGAUCACUCAGUCACUUGUGCGUCGGUAAUGCGCGCGCUCUAUAGGCCACUUCUAUUCCAAGACUCUCUGUUACCCUGCUUGUCUUUGAUUCCUAUUUUUCAUUCUCAUUGUAUUUUCAGGAGCUCCGUGAGUCUGAAUAUAUUCCCAUAGAUGGCCAUGCGUCGCCCUCAUCCAGAAGCAAGUGAGUAGUUUUCCUUCUAAACUCAGUCGUCAAUAAGUUUAAGGUUAAUUCUUGGACUCCUAGCUGCUGGUAAAAUCAAGAGUCAACAAAAAAAUUGAAAGGAUAUUUCCUAAUAAAUCCUUUAAAAUAAAUAGCACCAUGUGAAAGUACUGCUGAAGAGGUUCAUAUGAUGAUAGUCAAGAGUUCUUGGGAAUAUAUUCAUCCAAAGUCUCUAUAUGUAGCUGUUUUUUUUUUUUUUCUGUCAAGAGCGAAGGAAGAAAUUUCGAUGACGCGUACGUGCAAAAGAAGCUAACUGGUGCCUGCUACACACGUUUCUUGUUAUGAAAACAACAUCCUUAAAUCCUAGAAUCAACAUAUCCUCCAGACACCAUAUUAGUAAGGUGCUGACAAGGAGGAUUUGUUUAACAAUCACGACCUUUUAUAAAUAGUCACUUCUUUUGUUCUCAUGGCCUUCAUGUUUGUUUACAGAGUGGUAUUUUAAGGGCAAAUGACUUGUUGGUCUUUCUUAGCGACUAAAGGAUAAUUUUUCACUUUUUAUGUUUUAGUGGGAUUUCCUUGUCGUCAGUAGCAGUUCAGUGCGAUCUCCAGCCAAGUAAGAGAAAAUCGUCAAGUUUUUGGUAGAUUUUGUUUAAAUUAUUUUAUUUCGUAGUAUACUAAGUUAAACAUUUGUUAACAGAAUUUUUAUUACUGCAUUAUAGGCGAUGUAGAAGAAAUGAAAGCUUUGUUACUACAGCUGCAACAGGAGAACGCCAAGGUUAAUAUAAUGAUUAUUACAGUGCUGGAGACUCGAUGAUACAUCUCACUCUUUUAUUCUGGAGAUGACUACCGAACAGGUUGUCGCAACGUCAGUCACUGUCAACAAAUGUCCUGUUCAGGACAUCGCUCAUUCGCACAAUCAUAUUCCACCAAGAGAGAAUAACGAGUCAGAAAUGAAGUCUUACGGCGUUAGGCAGGAUAUGUGGAUCUCACUCACGUUAUUUUAAGAGGCUGUAAUGAAACAAAAGUCUGAUUCCUGGGGCCCCGUACAUUUUAAUCGGUUGUUUGAAACGUCAUGAAGUCCGCGCGCGCCUGCCUCAAAGCAAACAAUGCAGAAUAUUGUAAUGGCGACACACCAAGAGAGCAUAAUGAGAGCAUAAUGUCCCCUUAUUCUAAAAGUUUGCGGACUUCUCCGGAAAACAUCUUCCGAUUAAUUUCAAGGGUUUAAUUUGUCUAAAAAUAACCUUGUUGAAAUUCACAUAUCCCAAGGGCUAGACUGGGCUCUGUCCCAUUAUUUUCUCUUGAUUCCACCUACUUAUGAAACUUCUAAUCUACAGUAUUGUACCGGUUUCAAUUCUGGUAUGUAUGUAUUGACUUUAGAGCGCUUUAGAUUCUAAGACGAGAACGACUACGAGUGCGAGAUUUUCUCAAUAGUAAGUAGCGCUCGCGCGUAAACAAGAGUCAUUUUGGCGGGAAAACGUGGUAGCCGCCGUCAUUCUACUACGAGUUUUAGUGAGAGUGUCGUAGUGGCGGAAACAAGUUAUCAAAUGUUUGAAGUUUUAGCGUUUUGCAAUCGGGAGAGGUCUUAAGCUCCUUCAAUAACGAUAAAAGUACUAACUUUUCUGGUGAAAAAAAGUGCAGUGAAGAAUUCCGGGUUGUCUACUUUUUGACAAUUCGCGGAAAAACUUUAAUUAAAUCAAAUCUCGUAGUCUUAGUCGUUCCCGACCUCAAAUCGAAAGGUCUCUUUAUUUAACUGAUGACUGGUUUGUUAGUGGGAUAUGAACCUAAAUCUUACCGGCAGGUAAAAACGCAGUGUCCGCCGCGAUUGUUCUUUCUCCUUGGUUUUAUUGUGACCACGGUUUCUUUUCUUUUGUUGUUUUCAGCUUAAGGAAAAGUUAGCUCAACAGAGUAAGAAAAUGAAGACUUUACAGCAAGAGGUAAUUUAUCGUCAAUUUUUUUACACUGGCCACGGUUGUUUAGAUGUUGGAUAGCGCUAUCCACUGGAUAAAUACUAUCCAGCGGAUAACUAUUAGGGAAACCCACUGCUCUCUCCAGUGGAUCGCGCUAUCCACCUUUCGAACAACUGGCCCCUGGCGUUUAUUUGAAUUUGCCUAGCUUUGUCAAACUACACUAAACGAAGUCAAACUGGUUUUGUUUUUCUCCAGAACAACACAUUUAUUGCUAAUCAAAAGAAGUUUUGGGAGCUGAUCGACUCGUGGCAUAAAGAUUGUCAGAAGGCUUCAUCACUGAGCUCUCAAAAUAAACAGGUAUCGUUAUACACGCUAUUUGUGCCUGUAGUCUCAGAUGUUUGUCCAGUUCGUUGUCAUGUCCAGACGUCAACGCUAAUGAGAUUCAUGCUCCUUAUGGUAGACAUCACGAAAUGUCCCCUUACCUUAAUCUUCACCUAAACUUAGAGCCUGAGAAAACAGCAGACAUUUCGCUACGGCACCGCUGUUUUCCCCGCGAAAUGACGUCUGAGAAACGACUGAUGACGUGUUACUACCUAGAUCUGGGUAUUGCUUCUGAUUGGUUGAAACAAACUUCCCUCGCAGCACGACCAGUAAGAAGCACUACCCAGAUGGAAUUUCUGCGCUCGUUCUUCAGACGUCAUUUGGCGGGGAAAAAAGUGGCGGCGUUGCGAAUUGCAGUUCUGUCAAACAUGACGUCUUGUGCGUCUUGCAGUCAAGCGCUCUAAUGACUGAGCAAAUCCUGCUGCGGUUGAAAUUGCCAUUCAUUUGGUGUAAUAUGAAACAGCCGUGAUCCGAGUGCAUUUCUGGUUAUUAUACAAUAACAUUACUUCCUCAAGAAUAAUUUUAUGAUCGGAAGUCUUCUUGCUUGGCGAAUUCUAUCCUAACCCUUAUCUGUCGCUGGCUAAUGCUCAUUUGUCCUUACAUUUUGCCGCCAGGGUGACAGCAGCAAUAGUCUCCAACCAUUAGCGGAGGCGGCCUCCACAGAGUCAUCUGACGACACAUGGGAUGUUUGAUAUUACAAGCUUUUUUCUUGCCAUAGUCACCAGGAUGAGGACACAAGAAAAUCAGUACACAUAAGUGUAUCGUAGCUAGUUCAGCAAUGGUGCAUAACAGUCAUACACAGUCUGCGAGCAGCCUGAGUCUCUUAUUUCUCUUUGUAAAGUUAUUCCAAGCUUAACCCAUGAACGCGAGCGGUGAAACCGUGAGCCGCAAUGAACGAGGCGUUAUAAAUAUCUUAUUGUAACGUCGUUGUUCGCAAUCGCUCGGGUGAGAACUGGACAGAUUUUUAGAGAAAAGGCGGACUGCAAGUAGUCGUGAAUAAGAGGGAAAAGUUUUGCUUAGCUUCUUAAAUGUUUUGCUUUUACGAGGUAAUGUUUCUUUUUACAUAAAGAAAAUCUAUUUAUUAGUCGUAUUAUGUUAUGAAUAUAUAGUUAGAGAGUUUUCUGGUUUUUAAUUGAAUAUGAAUUGGCGGUAUGUUUCGGGGGAGGACUUAUCCAUCGUCUCCGAAAGUGUAUAAAUUCCAAAUUUAACUAAGAAAUGUUGCUUAUUAUAUUUCAUAAAAUUCUAAAAAGUUCAAAACAAAUUAGAAAUUGAAAUUAUAACUUAAGUAACGUCGUCAACACUAGUUGACGAUCAAAUGAACCAAUCAGAUCACACUUAGUGGGCGCGGCUUGCCAAGCGCGGGAAAAAAUGGCGGGAAAAUGCGUAUGGGUAACUCAUUAUUCAUUUUCGUUUUACUUAUGAUUGGUUUAGAAAGAAAGAAACGUCUUCCUUGCGGCCGUUGUCUUUCUCGUCACGCAACGCUCUUCUUGAUGGAACACAAGCUAUGAUUGGACGCACGCGAAAGUUCUGAAAAUGUAACCGUGACUGUGAUUGGCUAAAUUGGAGGAGAUUUUGAGGAAGAUCAUUGCGCGACGAGACAAAUAAAGGGUGCGCGGAAGAUCACAAACUAAAGCGAAUUUUUUUAACCAAUCACAGAUCGUAGCAAUUCAAUUUCACGACCCGAUUAAAAGUGGAGGUUAUAUUUAGAAUAUAUCAAUUUCUAAAGUAAUUAAAAGAAAGUUCCGCGCUCUUGGUAACCUCCCUUAAAGUAAGAUAAAUGUUUGCACGAAUUUUCAGUAAUUCGAUGACAGAAAAACUGAAGGGUACAAAUUUGCGUCUUUAAGGUGCAAGAUUUUAUCUAUUUAUGACUGUAUUUAAAACUGUUUUCUAGUAUCACUUAAAUCAUAAUACGGUAUUUAAGGACAUUUAAAUGGCUAAACUUUCAGCACGCAGAGUAGUUCUUACUAUAACAAACUUGUUUAGUGAAUUAGUUUAUGUUCACGCUUACCGGAAAGAGUGCUUUUCGUGCCGAGACGAAAAGCUACACGAUAAAAUAUGAACAGCAACGGUACUGAACUGGAACAAGUCAUUCACACACAUCGAACAUCAUGCCGGAGCGGUUGGCCUAGCCUGUGUAGCUGGCGGUAUUGUGUAGUCGUCGAGUGAGAUUUGGCGGCGGAGCCGUCACGAUUUCAACCGCCUCGUCCCUACUCCCUUUUUUUGGAACACGGCUCCGCCGCCAAAACUUUAAUCUCGCACCCACACAAUACCGCCAGCUACGCAGGCUACGGUUGGCCGAGAGGGUUCGGUGAACUAAAUCCCAAUCCUCACUCCUGAAUAUUUACCCGUCUCAUUCCGUUCCAGUCCUCUUUGAUACUUUUUCACUUCCGCUACGGACCGAAUACCUGUGCGCGCGAAGUGCGCGCUCGGUGCAGCUUCGCUCUGUGACAGAAAUCGCGCCGAAAUCACUGUUCUUGUGUGUGAAAAGAAGCUGUAUCUGGUACGAUUUUCGCGCCUGAGCAAAAGCCAUGCGGUAGAGCGUGAACAAUUAACCUUAAUAAUGGUAAUCUAUUUAUGGUUCGACAAUGAAGCGUUCCGGAAUAUACAAAUAA